CCCUUAGCACCCUCCUUCCCCUUCAGACCUGCAAGAAAAAAAUAAAGUAAAAAAUAAAAACACCCACAAAAUCAAUAGUAAAAUCUUCAUCACCAAAUAAGGCAGGUCUCUCUGUGAGCUUAUUCAUCUUCGCCAUGGACAUGAAGAAGAUCUCCUGCGCUGUCAUUGUCGCUGCCGCCUCCAUGAGUGCAGUCAUGGCCUCCACUGACGCCCCAGCUGCUGCCCCAGGUCCAGCCUCCAGCGCCGCAUCCGCAACCUUGCCUGUUCUUGGGUCCUUGGUUGGGGCCUCCCUUGUUUCUUUCUUUGCUUACCAUCUGCAGUAAGCCCAUAAAUCUAUGAAAACACACGUAUUGAAGAUCAAGAAAAUGGAGGAUUAAUUAGUAGGCUCAAAUUUGAUUACUUGGGUUCAAUUUAUUGAAGAAUCUUCUUCACUUCAUUUGUAAAUGAUGACAAUUUGAAUUCCUUGUGAUACUUGGCAAUAAAAAGUUAUUUGUAUGUCGUA